AUGAGGCAACGGCGGCAAUCUUUGAGGAAUGUUGCCGAAGAAAAGGCGGGGGGAGUCCCUGCCUCUCGAUGGGGUGUUACCAAAGCUCAAUUCAUCGAGUUUGUGGAUGUGGUUCGCUGUUACCAGGCACGGGGCCUGCUGCGAAAUAUCCCGCCACCAUCUCUCGAGCCGAAAAAGAAAGACGAAUCUGCCCAAGCUUUGGUACGACGUAAUAGUUCGGCAUCUUUGGGGAGCGUCGCAAAGAAGCAACUGUUUAGUAAACAUUCGGUAGACACACCACCGCAGCUCUCCUCCCAAAAGCCAUUCCAGUAUCCUGACUACAAGUUCAAUGAUCCCAAUGUAGGCCCCACAAUCUAUCAGAUCAACCAUCAAAUCAUCAAACCGAUCACCAAGGGUACUCUCUUAGAGCGCUUGAAGCUUCGUCGAAGAUAUGCUGGGUAUCAUUGGGAUAACCUGGCCGCUAAGGAUGCACUGCCGAAAUCCAGUUGGGCCCUCAUGAAGAAUCCAUCUGGAGUUGAUAUCGAUCUCUUUGUCUCCCAUGCAUGGGCAGAAGGAAUCUAUGAAUUUGCCAACCAUCUACUCAGUGAAUGGCCCCAUGAGUGUCAAGCUGCCUACAUUUGCUUCCUGUCUAAUCCACAAAACCUAGACAAGAAGCUUUAUCUUGGAAGGUCUGGCAAUCUGCAAGACAAUGCCUUCUACAAGGCUCUCCAGAGCAACUACAUGAAGCAAAUGGUCAUUAUAUCAACCCAAAAUGUCCCAAUUCAUCGGAGGGCUUGGUGCUGUUUUGAGGCAUAUGUGGCUUUACAACAGAACAUUCCUGCCACAAUUGGCGGGGACAAGAGAUAUCUGUCAACGAUGCGGGAACGAGUUCGUGAAUACAGAGUAACCAAAGAACUAGAACGACAAGGACGGGAAAUCAGGAUGCAAGGCCACCUCGACUACCUGGAGCACAAAGUGGAAAUUCACAUUUUGCUCUUUUGUUUCAAGUGCUUCUGUCUGGGAGUCGCGUAUCUGUACUUUUCGGGUACAGAUCUGAGGAGUUUCCUGAUGUUUGUGGCAAAGAGCUUGGUCAAGCUGGUUGCAAUCAUUGCCUUUUGCAUUGUUGCACCGGUCAUGGUUUUUGAAGAGCGAAAGCUGAGCGGCAGCAAAGUUAUUGCAGCACCCGUUAUGGCCGUGUAUCACGUG